UUUGCCUCUUUAAACUACGUGGCUGUCCAACUUUGAUGAAAAUAACUUAAAAAGAAAACUUUCUACCAAAAGAAACGCCAUGCCCAGAUCAUUUUACAGGUAUACACCAUCAAACAUUCAAGCUAAUCCUGAUCUUAUAUGAACUGUCAGAGACUACAGAAAGAAGGAACAUACCCUCAUUCUUAGGUAAUGAGCCUGCUAUGGUCCGAAUGUUUGUGUCCCUCCAAAAUUCGUAUGUUGAAAUCCUAACCCUCAAAGAUGAUGGUAUUAGAAGGUGGGGCCUUGGGGAGGUGCUUAGGUCGUGCGGGUGAAACCUUCGUGAGUGGGAUUAGUGCCUUUCUGAAGAGACUCUAGAGAGAUCCCUUGCCUCUUCUGCCACUGAGGACACGGUGAGAAGGUGCCAGCUGUGAAUGGAAGAGGGCCGUCACCGAAACACAACCAUGCUGGCAUCUUGAUCUUGGACUGUCCAGCCUCCAGAACUGUGAGAAAUACAUUCCUGUUGUUCGUAAGUCACCCAGUUUUAUGUUAUUUUGGACUAAGAGCCUAAUGUUACCUUGACACCAAAGCGAACUAAGGAGCUAUGACAAUGAAAGCCAUAAGCCAGUCUUGCUUAAGAACAUAAGCCCAGGAGGAGGAUGGCUGCCGUGGCCGUGGCUGUUCGCGAGGACUCCGGAUCUGGGAUGAAGACGGAGCUUGUUCCUCGGCCUGGGGCAGCGGGGAGGGAGAUGACCCAAGAAGAAAAGCUGCAGCUUCGGAAGGAAAGGAAACAGCAGAAGAAGAAACGGGAGGAGGAAAAGGGGGCAGAACCAGAAACUGGCUCUGCUGUAUCUGCAGCCCAGUGUCAAGGCCCGACCCAAGACCUGCCUGGCCUGGACAGUCAGUUGGGCAAUGCCAAGGAGAAAGUUCCAGCAGGUCGGAGUAAGGCUGAACUUCGAGCUGAAAGGCGGGCCAAGCAGGAGGCUGAGCAGCCCCUGAAGCAGGCGAGAAAAGGGGACCGAGGAGGGCCACCUCCUCAGGCCUGCCCCAGCGCAGCUGGAGAAACCCUCUCAGGAGUGAAGCGUCUACCCGAGCAUAGUCAGGUUGAUGACUCCACACUUCUGAGGAGGCUUGUUAAAAAACCAGAACGACAGCAGGUUCCUACAUGAAAGGAUUAUGGAUCCAAAGUCAGUCUCUUCUCCCACCUACACCAGUACAGCAGACAAAACUCUCUGACCCAGUUUAUGAGCAUUCCAUCCUCUGUGAUCCACCCAGCCAUGGUGCAACUCGGCCUGCAGUACUCCCAGGGCCUGGUCAGUGGCUCCAAUGCCCGGUGCAUUGCCCUGCUUCGUGCCUUGCAGCAGGUGACUCAGGAUUACACCACACCUCCCAAUGAAGAACUGUCAAGGGACCUAGUGAAUAAACUAAAGCCCUGCUUCAGCUUCCUGACUCAGUGCCGUCCCCUGUCAGCGAGCAUGUACAGCACCAUCAAGUUCCUUAACAAGGAGAUCAUGGGUGUGAGCAGCUCCAAGCGGGAAGACGAGGCCAAGUGAGAACUUCGAGCAGCCAUCCUUCGAUAUGUGCGAGGGAAGAUUGUGCUUGCAGCUCAGGCAAUCUCAUGCUUUGCUUAUGAGAAGAUCAGUAAUGGAGAGGGGAUCCUGGUGUGUGAAUGCUCAUCUCUGGUAUCACGAAUUCUUCAGGAGGCUUGGGCUAGGGGCUGGCGGUUUCGGGUGGUAGUGGUGGACAGCCGGCCACAGCUGGAGGGAAAGCACACGCUACGUUCUCUGGUCCGUGCUGGGGUCCCUGCCUCCUACCUGCUGAUUCCUGCAGCUUCCUUUGUGCUCCCAGAGGUUUCUAAGGUGGUGUUGGGAGCUCAUGCACUCCUGGCCGACGGGUUUGUGAUGUCACGGGUAGGGACAGCACAGCUGGCCCUGGUGGCACUGGCCCAUAAUGUGCCAGUGCUGGUCUGCUGUGAAACAUACAAGUUUUGUGAGUGUGUGCAGACUGGUGCCUUUGUCUCUAGUGAGCUAGAUGACCCUGACGAUCUGCUGUGGGAGCGAGGAGAACGUGUGGCCCUGGCUGACUGGCAGAACCACUCGUCCCUAUGGUUGUUGAAUCUGGUCUAUGAUGUGACCCUCCCCCCCUCCCCGCAAGAACUGGUGGAUCUGGUGAUCAUGGAGCUGGGCAUGAUCCCUUGCAGUUCUGUACCUGUUGUGCUGCGAGUCAAGAGUAGUGACCAGUCAGUGGGGGAACACAGGGUCAAUAAAUGA